CUUUGAAUAGGUCGAGCAUCCUAUGCCUUGUAGUGAAGAUGACAUAGUAACCAACAUCACAAGUGCUGAAUAUCUGGGCCAUUUUCAGGCUUCUCAGAAUCAAGGGAAGAAAGAUUCUCGUAGUCCUCCUGUAAAGCGUUCAAGAGUUGCACAAACAGUUCGAGGUUUUUCAUCUAGGUCACGUGGUGGAUCAAGUUCAGCUCGCAAAGCUGGAACAAUGGAUCAGCAACGCAGAGCAAGAAUUGAUGAAAGACUCGAGGCCUUGCAGGAGUUACUUCCUAGUCCGAAAGAGGGUGGUCAAGCAUCUGUACUGGAUGAUAUAAUUGAUCACAUUAAGUAUCUGCAGUUUCGGAUAAAGGACUUGAGCCAAAACAGACUGGCUGGUGAACCUUCAUCCUACCCAUUUGUUUUCCUUGAGGGAUACGGGCAUUACACGACCCAAGACAACAUGCUGAAUGAGCCUCUUGAGGAGCUGAUAGGGAAGUUACUUGAGGUUAAUCCUUUAUCAGUAAGCGAAUUGUUGCAGACGAGGGGACUUGCAAUCAUGCCCAAUUGUUUUUAAUGAUGGAGUAUCGAGUCGAGUUGUUGUUUUACUAAUUCAAUCUUACUGUUUGUUUGUUUGUUCGUUUGUUCUUCGUAUGUAAUAUGCUUUUGCCCCGUGAAAAAACAGUUAUGUAGAAUCUGAUACAUAACAGGGGAUGCUUUUGCUUGUUAAA